UCUUCGUUUGUUUAAUUAAAAUUCUCUCUUCUAAACUUUAUACACUGCAGCAGCAAACUGCAAUUUUCCCUAAAAAUUGUUUACGAAAAAUUAUCUAUUCUAAAAAUCAUAAAAAAAACGAUUUACUAAACAAUAUUCUUAUCAAACUGUGAAUUUCUCUUCAAACAAGUUUUUUCUAAAAUCAUCUAAAUUCUCUGCAAAAUGUCUGACGAGGAAUCCUUUGUUAUUUUGGGUACAUCACCGACAUCGUCAAUGGACACGAUUAAUUCGCUGCCAAUGGCUUCAAAUUCACCAGUGACGAAGGAACCAAUCGUUGCUGGUGGUGAUUUAGUCAACGGAGUCGUCAAAACUAAUGGACUCACUGUAAGUCAAUUAUUGACAUCGACUUCAUCCGAAGGAAGUCAAUUUAGUAUUGUUCAAAAUAACGAUUCACUUGCUCUACUAAAAAUGACAAAAGCAUUCGAUGAAGAAUUAAUUGCCGACUGUGUAUCGCAAGCUCCAUCUAAAAUACUCACUUCGAGUACGAUUUCCAAGCAAUUAAUUGAAGCUUGUGAAAAUGGCAAACCUGAAAGUUGUCAUUCAAAUGGAUCAGAUAAUAAUUCAAUGAAUUCGACAAACUCUGCCAAGCCAGAGGCUUCGCUGGCAGCAAGUUUUAUUCUCGGAGAAGUAAACUCGGACGUUUUAAAAGCAAGUGUUUAUUCACAAUUUCCAAGUAUUUGUUCGAUGAGUGCUUGUCCGGAGGAUGUUGUCAAAUUGCAAAAUAUGAUGUCCGAAUAUAUGGAAUUGAAAAAAACUUUACUUAAUACAAAUAUAACAAUGAAACAAUUGUAUGAUCAAACACAAAAAUGGAAAGCUGAUGUUAAAGCAAUGGAAGAUGAUCGCAGAGCUGAAAUUGCUAAGCUUCGGAACGAAAAUCUUGAAUUGCGUCGUGAUCUUGAUCUUAAAGUUGAACAAAUCCACAUCAAUGAAGAAGCUAGACGCAAAGAACAUGAAGAAUUCAUCCAAAGUUUGUCUGAGAAAACUGCUAAAAUUGAAAAUAUGAGUUCACAAAUUCAAAAACUAGAACAACAACAAUUGGCUUCUUUUGAAUUUAUUCCCAAAAACGCAACCGAACAGACGGCCAGUAAUCAAGCAAUUGAAGCGACAGAGGGAGCAGCAGCUGCUGCUACUGAAUAUGUUACCACAAUGGAACAUAAACGUGUCAUUAAAGAUUUUGAAAGACAACUGUCAGUUAUAGUUGCUGAAAAUUUAGAACUUAAAGAUAUGCAACAACAAUAUAUUGACGAAAUCAAUUGCCUCAAAGUAAAUCUAGUUGCUGCUGAAGAAUUGCAAAAGAAAUCCGAUGCCGACAUACAAUUCCUCAAAGCAAGUGACGUGGAGAAGAGUGAAAUGUUUAAUAAAUUCGAAGCUGAACGUAAAAGCCUUCGAAUUGAUCUUGAUGUUUUGACACAACAACUUGAAAUCUAUUCGAAGGAUUUCAAAACCGAACAAGAAUCACGAGAGAAUCUAGCAAACGAAAAGGAUCAGUUGUUAUCUGAUUUGCGCGAAAUGCAGAAGAAAAACCAAGAACUAAUUCAAGAGGCUCAAAAGAAUUUUGAGGAACACACAAAACAAGUUAUGACCCAAACAGGAGCUUUUCCAAAGACCAGAACUCAGCCAGUGGCGUCUCCAAGACCAAGUAUUUAUUCACCUGAAAAUAACUUCAACUGUCCAAUAUGUGGUAAAAUUUUCAAAACUCUGUGUAUCCUACAAACUCAUGUGAAUCAAUGCUUGGAUGGCAAUUAGUUCUAAUCUUAUUAUAAACUUUGAAAAAAAAAAUAUCAGUUUUAUUGUUAGAAAAUAAGCUAUCAAUACUUUAACUCAUAGAAGAGCCUACAUGAAUGGAUUAACGGAUAUACUAAUUGUUAUUAUAUUCUGGACAAAGUAGGAUUUAGUUUAAGAUUUCUUUUCUUUCUUUUAUGUUACUUAUUCUUUUUUUUUUUAUAUCCAUAUAAAUAUUGUAUUUUCAAUAGAAAAUUGUUAGCGCAUUGGAUUUAAGUUUGAUGAAUUAUCUGGAAAAGAUUAUUAUUAUAUUUAUUCGAAUGUAAGAGUGAAUUUAUUUGAGAGAGUUAAAGAGGUAAAAAAAAGAAGUAAUCUAAUCAAACCAAACUACGACUUAAAAAAAUAGAAAACAAAUUUCAAAAUUGUAUUUGUUCUUCUUGUGAACACAAUUUAAUUAGUUAUAGAUCUAACUAUUAAUUAUCUUCAUUGACACACUGUUAUCUUAGGCAUACAAAACUCUAACGAUUCAAAAAAAAAAUAUAUUAAAAUAUAGAUAUUGAACAAACUA